AUGUUGAAGGUGCGGUACAACGCAACAAACUUCCUGGAAAAGAAUAAGGAUCCACUAAACGAUUCUGCGGUUGCUGUCCUCAAACACUGCAAGGGCAAUCAGUUAUUACUGGAUAUAUGGACAGAUUAUCAAACUCAGGAAGAAGCAGCUGAAGCAGCUAAAGCUGGCAUUGAAGGAGGACGUAAAAAGGGCAAAUCAGCCUCAUUCAUGACAGUGUCCAUGAUUUACCGCGAGUCCCUGACGAACUUGAUGAAUAUGCUUUACCAAACGCAUCCACACUUCAUCCGUUGCAUCAUUCCAAAUGAAAAGAAAGCUAGCGGAGUGAUUGAUUCCGCUUUGGUACUGAAUCAACUGACAUGCAACGGUGUGCUGGAAGGUAUUCGAAUCUGCCGGAAAGGAUAUCCGAAUCGAAUGCUUUAUGGUGAUUUCAAACAUCGAUACGCAAUUCUUGCGGCCGACGCAGCAAAAGAUUCCGAUGAGAAGAAAGCCUCGCUUGGCAUCACUGACUUUCUGUGCAACUCAGGAAAUUUGAACGACGAAGAAUUCAGGCUAGGUGGAACGAAAAUUUUCUUCAAAGCUGGCAUAUUGGCUCGUCUUGAAGAUAUGCGCGAUGAGGCACUUCGUGUUGUGAUGACCAACUUCCAGGCUCGAAUCCGCGCCUUUUUGGGGUUAGCCGACAGAAGACGUCGUAUACAACAAAAGUCCGGCCUGAUGCUAAUCCAGCGCAAUAUUCGAUCUUGGUGUACACUACGUACCUGGGAAUGGUUCAAACUGUACGGCCGAGUGAAACCUAUGCUUAAAGCUGGAAAAGAAGCAGAAGAAAUAGAAAAAUUGAACGAAAAAAUCAAAGUUUUGGAAAAUUCGUUGCAAAAAGAGGAAGGAAACCGAAAAGACCUCGAGACGCAGGUAUAUUGGAAGUUUCUCAAUUGCCCAACGCAAGCUUUUAGUGACUUUUAUUCAUCACCUAGCGAAUUAGCCGAAAUGUGUACAGAAAAAAGGCACAAAAGGAAAAGAAAUGACAUAUGA